AUGAGGGAGAAACCCUUUGACUCAGAGAGGUCGCAAGGUCUUGGGUCUCUCAGCUCAGCCUCUGGACCGUGGGAUCCACGGCAAACUGGUCCGCAUCUGAACCUGUCAAGUUUGUUCCCAUUUGCUUUCCUUCCCCGCGAGGCAGUGACGAGAUUCCUCCUGGGAUGUGCAGACUGUCGGCGUCGAGUCGACUCGGAGUGUUCAUCCUCCACCCCGAAGAGGCUGAGGGCAGAUGAGUACGUGCCAAUAAACCUGACGACGCGAUCUUGCGUCAUCCGACUUUCAGUGCCAGCUUGCACACCACCAACAGUCGACAGUCCAGAGGAUAAUCAUUUUCGAGCUGGAUCCACCACAGAAGAAGAGAACGGAGAAUCGCCAACAUCUACAGACGAAGAAAUCAUCAUAAGGAUUCCCGAUCCUAGGGUAAGUUAUUUAAUUUUUUUGGACAAAGUAUGA